AUGCAACUACUAAGCUCGAGCCUAAAUGAUGACGAGAUAAAGUCACUUGAGCGACAGAUGGAGGGCCUUAUGCAAGAAUUGCACCGUCUGCGUAAUCCAGACCGGAAAUAUUCAGCUGAUCCUGGUGGCAACCGCUUGGGCAGGCUUCGACUGCUCACUUUGAAUAGGAGUGGGAAAAAGGCUUCCGAGAAACAGGGAAAGGAGUUUACCGAAGUAAAGACGAACGGUUUCUCUUCGAAUAGGACUGGUAGGGACCGCAACAGCGAAGGAGCGGCUAGGCGUGGCAAUGGCCAAGAGGUCGAUCGGAAAGCUGUAAAUUCAGAGCCUUCCACAACUACUCUGGCUCCAAAGGAGUCUAUACAAUGCAAAAAAGAUAGUGAAUCUGUCAAAGGUGAAGAAGACAGAAGUAGGACAAAUGGUCAUAGCAGCUAUGCUAAAGCGACCGAAAUGAACACAGCAAACCGGCAAGUUGAGUUGACUCCGACGGUGAAUUCAACUGCAUCCGAGCAGCAGGAAGUAGAAAAUCCGAAACGGUGUCUGGUCGAAGACAGUAAAGGGAAUGCCGUAAGAAGAGGGCAAAAUAUAAGCAAAAGCAAAGUAGCAGAGUCGGACCAAACUGAAAGAUUGCAAUUGCCUUAUACUAAAGAAGAAAAGUCAAAAGACAAUGAAAAUCUUUUGGAUUCUGAUUCAUUUCUAAUCAGGUAA